AAGUUGCGUUGCUAUCGCGAGAAGGGACUCAUCGCGAGAAUUUCAAAAGCGAGAAGAACGUCAUGUGACACAACACGGAAGUUAUCACAUACGGAGGAAAAACAAACACCUAUCUGUUAUUUCAAGACUUAUAUUCCAUUCUUGUUACUAUUUUUUAUGGAAUCGAAUGUUUAGCGAUGUCAUCAACCCAAGAAAAGGACAGCAGCUUUUUGGGUGGUAGAAUACCGCCUGAGAUCGAGUUUGUGGCAAAGAACCUCAAGGAUGUGGAGCAAGAGAUGUUCAGAAAAUUACUGAAAGCGGUGGUGAAUGCCCUGGAGGGGAAGGACUGCAGAGACACAAUGAAGUCAAUAGCAGAGACGAGUGUCCUUCCACAGGACAAGCUGAGUCACGUUGUAGCUGGGAUGUACAGAAUAUUGUCUGAGGCUAUUCGUAAACCACAGGCAUUGCUUAAGCAGGAGGCCUUUAAAGAAGAUCUUCGUGACCUAAGGAUACCAGAAGACUUUAUCAUGGAUUUCUGCAGUGUGGUAUUUGGAAAUCGGCGUGCAGCUCUGGAAGCAGCGACUUCUCAGAGAGACCCCCACCUGCCUACAAUAGAUGAGUUUAAAUGGAGAGUGGAUGUAGCCAUCUCUACAAGCUCUCUGGCCAGAGCACUGCAGCCUUCUGUGCUGAUGCAGAUGAAACUGUCCAAUGGACGUUUUCACCAAUUUGAGGUGCCAGUGGCGAAAUUCCAGGAACUGCGCUACAACGUGGCUCUGAUCCUCAAAGAAAUGAACGAUUUGGAAAAGAGAAGCAUUCUGAGGAUCCAAGAUUGAUAAACAUUCUGUUUUUGAUGGAAGCGGUGAGAUUAGUAAAACCAGAAAGCUAAAAAUGCAAAAGGAUUUACAUGAAAAAAAAUUGUCUGGCGACCGGUCCAGAGUGUACCUCGCCUCUCGCCCCAAAGUGAACUGUGAUAGGCUGGAGCUGGAGUUUACCUGUGAUCCUAAUGAGGACUAGCAAUAUAGAACAAGGAUGGAUGUUAUCAAAUGUGGUCUGUUUACUCUGUGAUAUUUUACCAUGUAAUACAAGCAAUUUUGGCCUAGAAAAAAAAAAAGUCAGCUUUUCUUCUCAAUUUUUUUCUUACUUUUUAAAGAAAAUAAAUAAAUAAUUAUUCAAAUUAAGUUUAGCUUUUUUUGUUCAUAAACUUCACAAAAGUAAGCCCUAUUACUCCCCUGGAGUGAAAGUGGCAGCUCUUCUUUUGUGUUAAACAAUACAUUUUGGGCCUGAUCUACUAAAUAAGUGUUCAACUGCAUGUGCAAACUAUUUAUAUACUGUAGAGUUAAAUAUAUAGUUUAUAUACAGGCGUGUUGUGUGUGAUCUGCUAACCCCGGAUUUCCACUGGAUGCGUAACGGCUGCUGAAUGGCGCCGCCACGGAACAUCUCUGCUAUACGCCUAUCCCCACCACGUUCUGAUUAGCAUUGUUGUGGCUCUGCCGUGCAGCGAAGUAGCGCAGAAUUUUACGAUCGAUAUCUCACAAAUCUCUGCGUAUUCACGUGAUAAGAGAAGUUGUAGUAAAGCGAACCACAAACAGUUCAUUCUGUCCUUCCAGUGGAACAAAAGCAUAUAAACUCGGUCCUGCUUAUUCAAGGUACCAAACGGCUGCUGAAUUUAACACCGCAGAACGUCUCAAGCUUUGCUGUCCAUCUAUACCCACAGGCACUGUGACGGUACUGACUUAACUUGAUUUGUGGAAAAGACAAGGGUUUUACCUUGCAUAACAACAACUUUAUUUUUUGUUUGUUUGUAGCAAGUAACAUCAUCCCUGGCAAGUGUUAUACACACAACCACAUCUCAUUUAACUCCCGCUAACAACUCCCCUGCUUUGCUGGCCCCCGUAUAAGCUGGUAUUUGACACGGCUCCCAAACAAAUGCACUGUCUCGCUAACAGAAGCUCUGCAUAUAUUUGGUGCAGGGAUACGGUACGACAUCGGUAUGGCACCGCCGUGUGCAAGGGGUUUAGCGGCCAUGGGAAUCGAGACAUUGAUUUAAAUGGAAACAAAAAGAGUUUGUCGCCAUGGCGGCGCAGUUCCGCAUCCAGUGGAAAUCCAGGGUAAGACUGCAUGUGCAGUUGAUAAAGAGUGCAAAAGUGGUGCAAACCACCCUAUUUAAAAGACGAUUUUGCGUGUAUUGCUACCGGCUUUAUGUGCCCAUUGUAACACUCAUUUCCCUCCACAUUCUUUUUAUCCUGCUCUACAAACUUUGGUGUUUUGCAAUGUUAUUGAACAAGCAACACCCAUCUAAAAUAUGUACCAACUUUUCUGCAAUAUACAAUCGCAGUCUUGACAACAGAAACUAUUUUUAGCACGCUGAGGGUGCGCUCUGGGAGGCACUGCAAUGUUGUGAUGGUUGUGAAUGAUCCAGACAAAAGAAUAUGCCAGACAUAUUUCAUGUAUGAAAAAAUAUGAGGGGAAAAAAACAUCAGCAGACACUAAAACUAAUCAAUUUGUUUUAAUAAGCCUUUUAAACCAUUCAGUAGGUAUGAAAUCAUAAAAUUAUAUUGCAGAAUAUAUAUAUAUAUAUAUAAUAUAAUAUGUUUCAUUUUGAAAGUCCAAAUAUGUUGACAUGGAAUAUUAUUUUGCUCUCUCAAUCUUUGCAGUGCUAGUUUGCACUUCCUCUCUUGACAUACUAAAUAUAGAUGCAAAACAAGUGGCAGCAGAACAGUUUUAGGCUUGAUAAAUCUCAAUGCAUGCGCUAAAUGAUUAUAUUUGAAUCUGUAUUUGCAUUUGCACAUUUGAAAACCGUACCAUUUUCAGAAACAUUACAAUUCUCUCAUUCCAGAAUGUGAAGACAAAUACAGGACUGUACACUUCUCUGUGCUGGUUUCUCACGAGUACUGUUGUAUAGAUGGGGCAAAGAAACUUUAGCAAAAUACUUGCGAUUAAGUAGCACAUACCUACAGUAGGUCUUAGUUUUCAGCAAACCCAGUCUUGUCCACUGUGUAUAUGGGUACUAUAUCUUUAGUGAUAGCUCUCCAUUGUGCCCCUUUUAUAUCAUACUUGGUACCUUUGGUAAAUUAUUCUACCACAAUAAACUACUUUGUAGAGUU